CCAAACCGUGGUUGUCUAGUCUUUUUUGAAGUUUUUUCUCUCUCUAGCUCUGUAAGUUUCUAUAUGCAUAGCAAGUGCACUGGCGUCGAGUUGAGGCUGCCGCAGCAGCUGGCUAGCUGCGAUCUAAACAGGAGGUUGUUUGUUACAUUCGUUGCAGCAAUGUUCGUGCUACUGUUGUCUAUCUUGUGAUCUCUUUCACGCACUCAAGUAUUAGUUAGCGAGCUAGUGUAGUAUCAGUUCCUUCCAUUCCCCCAGACUCACAGCCAAGAGCAGUAGAGGAGCAGAGCUGUGAUUGCGCUGUUAGCGAAAAGUGCAGUAAUACUGAUCGUGUUGGUGGCGGUACUCCGGGAACUCUGCUGCUGUGACCACCACUAUCGCCAUCAUGUCGGGUGAUGCCAACAGCUUAGUGAAUCACCUCGCCCAGUCAAUGCGGUACGCGACACCUUGUGAAGAGUCGACAAAUCCUCAGGGCCUGCCAUCAUCGUACCUACAGAAACAGCCGGAGCAGCAGCAGAAGCAGCAGCAGCCGCCAUACCAACUAACUGUGGAGAGCGACAGAAGUGUUGACAGUGUCUCGGUGGGAGUGUCCACGCCGGUACGGGAUACCCGAGGCCACGAUGAACGGCAACCAUCUGUUACCUUGGCUGACCAAACAUUGCAAUCGUCCGUGGUGAAGGCGCCAGUUCGGAAAACCAGCAUCAAGAACGGGGAUCGGUACCUGAACCGGAUCGUUGACUUGUAUGACUUUGGGGAUGCAGUGGCAGAUUGCCUGACAGAUGAGCACUGCCGCAGACUGGCAAAGUAUUGUGUGAAAAUGCGCGACAAGGAGGCCGUGGAUAACUUUGAGGCUAUUGUGACACGCUUCAUGAGUCGACAUCGUCGUGGGCGAGCUGAAAUCAACAACGUCACUGGCAUUAUCUUCUACCUUCUCGCUGGAAAUGAGCAGCCAACAUGCUGCCAGUUCCGCAACAUUGUCCUGGAGAUCAGCGACGACAAGGUUGUGGGAAAAGUGGAAAAGAUUAUCGAAAAAUUGAAGGACGAUGACUUCUCCUAGCGAGUGCAAGUGCCACCCGUCAUCCCACCGUGUAGCCCAUCGCUCACUCUGUACUUGCAGCCAAUCGGCUCGCUGCCUACUUGCAGCCAAUCAGCCCGCUGCCUGCUCGCAGCCAAUACGGUAACUCCGUACUCGCAGCCGAUCAUCAGCAGCCCCAUGCACAGUAUGUUGAUCUGAGGAGCGCUUCUUGACUUGAGCAGCUGAAUUGGAUGCUUUUCAGGGCACGCAUACGGCAUAGCGGCCUGUCGUCGCUCAGUGACGGGCUCACACAGGUCCAAAUCACUGCUACACGGAAUGCCAGCUGCAGUAUGCAUGCUUCAAAGCGUAGGUUGAGGAUAUUGAAAGUUCUAGUUAUUUUUUUAAAUCAUCAUAUUGCUUGCGUUCAAUAGAGCAUUUAGUUGUCGCUUCUCCCUUGGCUAUCUGAUGUAUGUUACUAGCGCUUUGCCAUGCUCGUGCCGUUCUGCCUCCACUUUCUUUCUAUUUUGCUUGUGAAAACUUGUGGCUGCCGGUCAGUACGCGGGGAUGCAGCACUGGGCAAUCAUGGUGCAUGGCGGUUCGUUGCAUGACUGCCAUUUUUUUUUUGCUUCGCCUUGUUAUUCCACUCACCUGCGACCGCGGCUUAGGAGCUGUAUCUGCGGCAUGAUCCUAAAGGGUGGUGGCGUUCCCACGGCGGAUGCGGAAACUCGGCCUCCAGACGAGCCUCAAACGAACCGUUAAUUUUUUUAGCCUACUGCGUGUGUGUGUGCGUGAGAGGGAAAGAGUGCGUUUCCAUGGUGAUCUAGGAUAGGCUACACGGUAACCACGGCAGCUGGUAAAGUGGUCACUUGUAUCACCUAUCUACUGAAUAGCCUGUGCUCCGAGGAACGUAGGGGCCGACGUGUUUAUGCUGCUAUUUCCAAAUAUCUUCUAAUAUUAUUUUGGCAAGAAAAGACUGGACUCUUGUUCUGUUUCUUAGACCCAGCUGCCUCCAGAUGGAUGGAUUUUUUUCCCACCGUGAUUCCUAGUGUUUUCUUUCACAUUGCAUCGUAUUGUAGCGCCCCAUUCCAGCAUCUUUUUAGCCAUCCUUGACUCCCCUCCUCCCCCCCCCCCUCCUCCCCUCCUUGACUAAUGAUGAUACCUAGACGCGGGGAAGCCCGGGCCGGGGGACGGUAUUACAACGACGGUCCACCCUGCAGCUGUGUGUCCCUAGUACACGUGUGCAUAUUUAUAUUCAUUACUGUCGGUCGCCAAAGAACUAGGGGGUCAGCCUCCUAGCCUAGGCCGUUCUUAUUUUCAUGUAUUACAUUCUAGUAUUAGUAUGCAUAGUUGAGUCACCGUGUAUACAUUGGUAUGCUGUGAUUGGUGAAGUUCUA